AGCAAUCAAAUCGGUCUUGGAAGACCACGCACUUGUUUAAAUAGUUAAUGUACCAUAGUUUAAAUAGAAUUAAAAUAUCAGAAAUAUAUGUAGUUUUUAAAGAGCUUGUGUUAAUGGUACAUCGCGAGUGUUCUUUGGUCAUUUGAUGCCCGAAAACCCAAUACCACAAGUGACCCGCGGGCCGCCCGUUCCCGAUUACCUCCAGCCAGCAGCAGCAAUUUUUCAUCUUCAAUCCGUGACCACACGUUACUGAAUCACAUGCUAGAGGAAGCAGGUAUUUCCAAAGUUGAAGAGGACUUGAAGCAUAAUGAUAUCCAAGAGGAAAUAGUGGCGGAAUAUGUGAUCUCCAACACGUCCAGCAUUGAUAACAAAAAUGCACCAGACCCAGUAGAAAACCCCGAAACCGGUUGGCUCGAUCCAGCAGUCCGUAUACUGAUCUCGAUGGUGGAAGAAAUCAGUCCGAUAGUUGGCAAGGUACCGCAGUUCAGAACCAAAAUAAAAAUGUGGGAGGAAAUACAGUCCCGGUUACAGAACGAAGGCUAUUCCUUCACGAUCAAACAAAUUACGAACAAAUUUUUCUCCCUCAAACGUGGCUAUACGAUGGUCAAACAGCACAACUUUAAGAAAAAACGAGCUGAACGAUCGCAUCCUUAUGAAAAUGAGUUGGAUGACAUUUUUGAAAUUCGCAAAAUUAAAAAUAAAAGGAAACGGCGCGGUGAUCGGACCAUUUCGCCCAGUGGACAUGCAGAUGAUUCGGAAGGGUACGAACUGAGAAACAAUGUAGCUGAACUGGCAGAAGCUCAUUUAGAAGGCAGCGGCGUUACAUUUCGGGCAGAAGUUAUGACAGAAUUGCGGUCCAUGAGAGAAGAAAGUAAUCGGUUCCAUAGCCGCAUUCUUAGCUUUAUCGAAACAACUGAGAACAAGAAGAUUAAACUAAUGGAAGAAAGAAAUUCACUGCUAAAACGAUUGCUCGACAAAUUUUAGUUUUUUACUAUUAUUAAGUAAGUAUCAAUAAAUCUCAAGUGGUGUAAAUAUA